CAAAGCUUCAAGUUGCUUCAAGUGACGUGGCCUCGAUGACGGCACGAGUUGUGCUGUUAACGUGAAACCGUAUCGUUUCGAUUCAUUUACAGAAUAAUGUUACAGUUAUGAGAAUCUAACAGCAGGACCUUAUUUCGAAUUGUUCCAACCACGUAACUGAGAAUUCGCGGGAAUCAUCAAUUCGUUCAGCAACAUGACUACCUAUGAAGAUUUCAUUCAGCAAAACGAAGACCGUGACGGUGUUCGUUUCACCUGGAAUGUUUGGCCCUCAUCCCGCAUUGAUGCUACUAGAUUAGUUGUGCCAUUGGGUACAUUAUAUCAACCUAUUAAAGAAAGACCAGAUCUUCCACCUAUACAGUACGAACCUGUUUUAUGCACAAGGUCUACUUGUAGAGCAAUUUUGAAUCCAUUAUGCCAGGUGGACUACCGUGCUAAAUUAUGGGUGUGCAAUCUAUGUUUUCAGAGAAAUCCUUUUCCACCACAAUAUGCUGCUAUUUCAGAGCAACAUCAACCUGCUGAACUCAUUCCAUUAUUUUCAACAAUUGAAUAUACUAUAAUGAGAGCACAGUGUAUGCCCCCUAUUUUCUUGUUGGUCGUGGAUACAUGUAUGGAUGAUGAGGAGCUGGGUUCUCUUAAAGAUUCUCUUCAAAUGUCCCUCUCAUUGCUUCCACCUAAUGCUUUGAUUGGUCUCAUUACAUUUGGAAGAAUGGUUCAAGUCCAUGAGUUAGGUUGUGAAGGAUGUAGUAAAAGUUACGUUUUCCGUGGUACUAAAGACUUGCAACCAAAACAGGUUCAGGACAUGUUAGGCAUUGGUCGACCAGUGCCAGGGCAAAAUUUAAAUCAACAGAGAGGACCUGGAGGACAGCCUCUUCCACCCGCGAAUCGUUUCUUGCAACCUGUACAUAAAUGUGAUAUGAGCUUAACAGACCUCUUGGGAGAACUACAACGCGAUCCAUGGCCUGUGGGCCCAGGAAAGCGUCCAUUGAGAUCUACCGGUGUUGCAUUGGCUGUUGCUACUGGUCUUUUGGAAGCUAGUUAUGCCAACACUGGGGCUAGAAUAAUGCUAUUCGUUGGUGGACCAUGUUCUCAAGGACCUGGCCAAGUUGUAACAGAUGACUUGAGACAACCCAUUAGGUCACACCACGAUAUUCAAAAAGACAAUGCCAAGCAUAUGAAAAAAGCAAUUAAGCAUUAUGAUGCCCUUGCAUCACGAGCUGCAACCAAUGGGCAUAUAAUAGACAUCUAUUCCUGUGCUCUCGAUCAAACUGGACUGCUAGAAAUGAGGCAGUGUUGUAAUUCAACUGGUGGUCACAUGGUCAUGGGAGAUUCUUUCAAUUCCUCUUUAUUUAAACAAACGUUCCAGCGCGUAUUCACUAAAGACAGUAAAGGAGACUUGAAGAUGGCAUUUAAUGCAACUUUAGAAGUUAAGACUUCUCGGGAAAUUAAAGUUUCUGGAGCAAUCGGACCUUGCGUCUCUUUAGGCGUAAAAGGAGCGAGUGUAGGGGAGCAGGAAGUAGGAUUAGGUGGCACAUGCCAAUGGAAAUUCUGUUCGCUCACACCGUCCACAACUACGUCGUUAUUCUUUGAAGUUGUAAAUCAACACACCGCACCGAUUCCUCAAGGUGGAAGAGGUUGCAUACAGUUUAUCACACAAUACCAACACAGCAGCGGUCAACGCAGAAUCAGAGUCACCACAAUUGCUAGAAAUUGGGCAGAUGCAUCCGCAUCCUUGCAUCAUAUAAGUGCUGGAUUCGAUCAGGAAGCAGCUACUGUCCUCAUGUCCCGCCUAGCAGUUUUUAGAGCGGAGAGCGAUGACGGACAAGACGUUUUGAGAUGGAUUGAUCGUAUGCUCAUUAGAUUAUGUCAGAAGUUUGGAGAAUAUGCUAAGGAUGAUCCAAAUAGUUUUAGAUUGGCAGAGAACUUUUCAUUGUAUCCUCAAUUUAUGUAUCACCUUCGUAGAUCACAGUUUAUACAAGUAUUUAACAAUUCUCCUGAUGAAACUAGCUUCUACAGACACAUGCUCAUGCGGGAGGAUUUAACAAACUCUUUGAUAAUGGUGCAACCAAUCCUGUACAGUUAUGGAUUCAGCGGCCCUCCGGAGCCAGUUUUAUUAGAUACUUCAUCCAUACAACCAGAUAGGAUCUUAUUGAUGGACACUUUCUUCCAAAUACUUAUAUUUCACGGCGAAACGAUCGCACAGUGGCGUCAGCUAAAAUAUCAAGAUUUACCGGAAUAUGAAAACUUCCGGCAACUCUUAGCAGCACCUGUUGACGAUGCCGCAGAAAUAUUAGCUGGAAGAUUCCCCGCACCUAGGUAUAUCGAUACUGAACAAGGCGGUUCACAAGCAAGAUUUUUAUUAAGCAAAGUAAACCCCAGUCAAACUCACAAUAAUAUGUAUGCCUAUGGAGCGGGGAUGCCAAUUCCCAACGGGGAGAGCGGAGCCCCUGUCCUAACUGACGAUGUUAGUUUACAAGUAUUCAUGGAGCAUCUGAAAAAGCUGGCCGUUUCAUCAACAGCUUAAACUACAGAUCCGAAGAAUUGUCAUCAUUUUGUUUGAACGAAAUUUAAAAUCAUUUCAGACUUUAUGAUGAUAUUCAGUUGCAAUCUAUCGGUAAGAAUAGUUUAGGAGUGGUAAGAAUUUAUAUGUAUAUGUAUAUAUACAUAUAUAUAAAUUCUUCGAGUAAUUACGCGGUUACAAUGAAGAUACCGAUUAAUAAUAGAAAAUUGUAAUUUCUCAAUGACUAUUUUUUUCAAAAGUCGAGCUACGACUUUUGUACAAAUAAAGUACAUACAUAGUAUUAA